UUUACAAAAGAUGUUACUAUUGCACCUUAAAGACACGUAUUACUUUUAAAAUGAACGACUUCUUAUCAAAUUUAUCUUCUUAUCAAUUACCAAAAUUCUUAACAUAUAUCUAGAUUUUCAAAAUAAUAAUUAAUCAAGCUAAUGGUUAUUAAUUACUAUUAUCUUAACAAAAACGGAAAUACAUCGAUAUUUAUAGAUAUAUAUUUCGAUAUAGAUAACCGAAAAACAUUACCUAUCUAAGUGAUGGUAAACAAUCAAAUACAGAAAUAGCCAAAAUAUUAUUCGAUUUCCCUCCUACUUCCUAAAAAUUAAGAAUGAUUUAUCUAGAACUCGAAUUUUUUCUAUUUGUAACUUCACUAGUCUUUUCUUAAAAAGUUAUUCACCUUUUUCGGUAAAGAAUUGCUUCUAGAAUAUUUCAUUUCUGGUUUAUGUCUUUCGAAUAAAUUUUUUAAAAACUAUUUGCACUGAACAUUUCGUAGCUUUUAUGUGUAUUUUCAGAUUUGUUUCAAAUUUUACGGUGCUAAUGAAAUUUCGAUACUUUUCGUAUAACACGUAUAAUAACUUGAUAUUUUGAAACGAGAAAUCUCAUUGGGAAAAUCCAUGUGGAAAAUCGAAAUAUAAAUAUUAAAUGAUCCGUAUAGAUAAAGAAAAGAAGAAUUAAAAAACGGUUCUUGACCCUGCUGGCUGAUACAACCAGCUUAUAUAAACGUUGUGCGUUUUAUCGCGGUUCAGUCAGAUAGCCGCAAGUGCCAGCCAUUUACCAGCCAUCAGUAGCUGAAUAGCAGUUGGUGAAGUGAACGCACUUGGACAAAACAGCCGCAGGACCGUCCACGUCGAUUUUCUGAUGUUGUUUCUAAAAAACUUCUUGUCGAUACGUUCCUACGUCGUGAACACAUUUGUUUGAAAGUACAGUGAAAGUUAGAAGAUAUCGUUGAACGCUGGAAAUAGACGGCAAUGGCACAACUGAAAGUGGCUAUAAUUGGCCAGAGCCCCUUCGCAGCCGAGGUCUACAAGCUCUUGAAGCAAAAUGGUCAUCAGAUCACAGGAGUCUUCACCAUUCCUGACAAGGCUAACCGGGAGGAUCCUCUAGCGACGACAGCAAAAGCUGAUAAUACUCCAGUCUUCAAGAUCAAAUCCUGGAGAAGCAAAGGCGUGACCUUGCCGGAAAUCCUUGAAAUGUAUAAAGGAAUCGAAGUCGACCUAAAUGUUCUUCCAUUCUGCAGUCAAUUCAUCCCCAUGGAGGUUAUCAAUCAUCCUCGUCAUCGCAGCAUAUGCUACCAUCCAUCGAUACUGCCGCGACAUCGGGGAGCUAGUGCUAUUAGUUGGACGUUGAUAGAAGGAGAUGAUACUGCAGGAUUCUCCAUUUUCUGGGCGGACGAUGGCCUUGAUACAGGGCCAAUUUUACUCCAGAAAUCGUGCAAAGUAGAGCCUAAUGAUACUCUGGACUCUUUGUACAAUAACUUCCUGUAUCCUGAAGGUAUCAAGGCCAUGGCGGAGGCUGUGAAUCUUGUGGCCAAAGGAACCGCUCCAAUGAUCCCCCAAACAGUAGAAGGAGCCACUUAUGAUCCCAUGUUGAAUAAAAAGGAACUUCAAAAAAUAGACUGGGCCAAGUCUGCUAAGAAAGUUCAUGACUUCAUUCGUGGCUUGAAUAGCACUCCAGGUGCGUGGACAACUAUCAACGGGGAAGAAGUUCGUCUGUUUGGAUCUACCUUGUGGACUGGUGAUAAACUACCUGAACACAAGAUUGAAGUACAUGUGGAAGAUAGACUAGGCAUCAUUCACGAAGGUGGACUGCUAAUUAACGCUAUUGAUAAUCACUUUGUCAACGUGGAGAGGAUAAAGAUUGGGAAUAAAACCAUUCUUGCCAGCAAAUUCGGUCAACAGAGUGAAAAUACUACGCUUGAGUUCACCGAAGAAGAGCAGAAGAACGUAGAAACCUUAAAGAGUAUCUGGGAGAGUAUCCUGAAGACGGACGUUGACGAGGAUACUGACUUCUUUGCCUGCGGAGCAGGAAGUAUGGACGUUGUGAGGCUGGUAGAGGAGGUCAAAGACAAUCUGGGAGUAACUUUGCAGAAUAUCGAUGUUUUCAUGGCUCCAGUGUUCAUUGAGUUUGCUAACACGGUAAUUCUUGCAGCUAGAGGUAUCUCUGCUACCAAAGAGAUCAAGUAUGAUGCCGUGGAAAUACAAGCAAACAACAUGACCUUGAAGUUUCCUAGACAAUUGUUCAUAAAUGGAGAAUUUGUGAAUGGUAGUCAAAAGCCUUUAGACACGGUUAAUCCUCAUGAUGAGAGUGUUAUCUGUUCGGUUGAAACAGCUUCUGUGGAGGAUGUGGACAAGGCAGUUAAGGCUGCCAAAAAGGCCUUUGAAGAAGGGGAAUGGAGCAAGAUCAGCGCCAGGGAGCGUGGAGUUCUUCUUUUCAAAUUAGCAGACCUAAUGGAGCAACAUAAGGAAGAAUUAGCUACCAUUGAAAGUAUAGAUUCCGGUGCAGUAUAUACUUUGGCUCUGAAAACCCAUAUAGGAAUGUCCAUAGAGACCUGGAGGUACUUUGCUGGCUGGUGUGACAAAAUCCAAGGCUCCACCAUACCAAUAACUCAUGCCAGGCCAAAUCGUAAUUUAACAUUCACGAGAAAGGAGCCCAUUGGUGUCUGUGGUCUAGUUACUCCUUGGAAUUACCCUCUCAUGAUGCUCUCCUGGAAAAUGGCAGCUUGCCUGGCAGCAGGCAAUACUGUAGUAAUGAAACCAGCUCAAACUUCACCUUUAACAGCUUUGAAAUUCGCAGAGCUAACUAUAAGAGCUGGUUUCCCACCUGGAGUUGUUAAUAUUGUACCAGGGAAUGGCACUGAAACUGGAAACGCUAUCUGUGAACAUCCUUUGAUCAGAAAACUAGGCUUCACUGGUUCUACACUGGUUGGACAGUCCAUAAUGAGGUGUUGUGCGAACAGUAACUUGAAGAAAGUAUCUUUAGAACUAGGUGGAAAGAGUCCUUUAGUUAUCUUUGAAGAUACUGAUCUUCAACAGGCAGUCAAAAUUGGAAUGAGCAGUGUGUUUUUCAACAAGGGAGAAAAUUGUAUAGCUGCUGGUCGGCUAUUUGUGGAAGAGACAAUUCACGACGAAUUCGUGAGGAAGGUAGUGGAAGAGACUAAGAAGAUCUCCAUAGGAAAUCCUCUAGAUAGAAGCACCGCCCAUGGACCACAGAAUCACGAAGCACACAUGAAUAAGCUCUUAAGCUUUGUGAAACGUGGAGUUCAAGAAGGAGCUAAACUAGUUUAUGGUGGAAAGAGAUUAAACCGCCCAGGCUGGUAUUUUGAACCAGCUAUCUUCAUAGAUGUCAAGGAUGACAUGUACAUAGCAAACGAAGAAUCUUUCGGCCCUAUCAUGGUUAUCUCCAAGUUCAGAUCGAAGAACAUGGAUGAAAUGAUUGCUAGGGCUAAUAAUACAGAGUACGGAUUGGCUUCAGGUAUCUUAACAAAGGAUAUCAGCAAAGCUCUAAGAUUUGCUGAAAAAAUAGAAGCUGGGACAGUGUUUAUCAAUACAUAUAACAAGACAGAUGUGGCUGCACCUUUUGGUGGUUUCAAAAUGUCUGGUUUUGGCAAGGACCUGGGUCAAGAAGCUUUGAACGAAUACUUAAAAACGAAGACCGUUACUAUAGAAUAUUAGAAGAUGACAUUAUUAACUUUAUCUAUUUUCAUUGCACUUUUAUCUUUCAUAAUUCAUGCACCAAGAACAUAUAUUUGUAAAUCCUUGUACCCUUUUUUAUUCAUAUUGAAUAUAUUUUUUAAAUGUUUUUGAUAUUUUCGAGUCUAGAAGAUAAUCAUCGAGUCACAAGAUAAUCAAGAUUUCUCAUCUUGAGAAACAGCAAAAUCUUGCUCCCACGCAGGCGAGCUACAUAAACAGUUUUUACACAAGCCCCUUCUAGUCCCUCUUUCAAAACUCCAGAUGCUCCGACGUGCUUUUUUGUAUAGAGACAAGUGUGCUCCAUUUCUGUGAGUAGUUAGCCGUUAUACCAUUAUUUCCUUCUAAGAUCUUUCCAUCUAUUUUUUCCGCCAAUUGAUCUAUAUUCUCAAAGAAUCAUUUCUUUGUAUUCAAUGAUCAUAACAGAUAGAAUAUAUUAUAAAAUGUUUGUUAAGCUAAGCUGCUUAUCUGUCUAGUUGUAUAACAAAGUAUUAACAAAGUGGAUUAUAUAAGUUAUUACAGAUAUAUAAAUUGCCUCUUAUACAAUUAAAUGUCUUUCUUUUUUUAUAUUUCAUCCUCUUUUUUUUAUAAAAUUUCUUAUUUUAACUUCAUAUUAAGAUAGUUUUCUUUAUCCAUCAAAUACUAUAAAAUUGAAAAAAUUAAGAAAAAUAGGCUUGUAAUCUUUUUUCGCGUAGUUUUCAAUUUCAAUAUUUUUAUUAAAAUUAUUAUUAUUUAAAAAUUUCUUCAAACAAACCCUAAUCCCUUUAUCUACUGAUAAAUUCACCCUAGAUGAAGAUUCUGUUUAGGAUUACCUCGAGUCAAAGAAUAAACGCGGAAGGCGUAAAACGUUAGCUUCAGGAUAAAGGAAGAAAAACUCCCCGAAGUUAAUGGACACGUGUUGCUUCUGUGUACCUGAGGAUCCACCUACUAAUACAAAUCAAUG